UGAAAUACUAUGAGAUAAAGAUUUUGGGUUUCAAUUGUAAAGAGAGGGAAGUGGACAAAUCAGAGCUGCCUUCUUUACAAUCAACGAAGUAUGGAGCAGCUGGAUAGCUUUCCUGACCAACUGGAGGACCUGGAUACCUAUUCAGAAUCUGUGAAAUUUGAUGCUCGUUCAAUGACAGCACUGCUUCCUCCCAAUCCUAAAAAUGGCCCUGCCCUUCAAGAGAAACUGAAGUCCUUCAAAGCUGCACUAAUUGCCCUUUAUCUCCUUGUGUUUGCAGUUCUCAUACCUAUCAUUGGAAUAGUGGCAGCUCAUCUCCUGAAGUGGGAAAUGAAGAAUUGCACAGUUGAUCCAAUUAAUGCAAAUGAUAUAUCUCAAAGUCUGGGACAAAGAAAUGGCAGUGAAGCUAAAAUGAAAUUUCAAGAAUUUGUAAUGGAAAGCAUGGUCAACAUGGAGAAGAGAAUCCAAUCUAUUUCAGAUUCAGAAGCCAAUCUCAUAAAUUCAGAACACUUCCAAAAUUUCAGUGUGACAACGGAUCAAAGAUUUAAUGAUAGUCUUCUCCAGCUAAAUAACUUGGUUUCCUCAGUCCAGGAAUAUGAGAAUACAAUAGGUGAAAUCUCCAAGUCCUUAAUAAAUCUGAAUAGCACCUUACUUGAUUUGCAGCUCAGUAUAGAAACACUGAAUGGCAAAAUUCAAGAGACUACUUUGAAACAACAAGAGGAAAUCAAUAAAUUAGAAGAACGGGUACACAACACAUCAGCAGAAAUUAAGUCUCUAAAAGAAGAACAAGUUUAUGUGCAACAGGAAAUAAAAAGAGAAGUGAAAGUAUUGAAUAACAUCACUAAUGAUCUCAGACUGAAAGACUGGGAACAUUCUCAGACAUUGAGAAAUAUCACUUUAAUUCAAGGUCCUCCUGGACCCCCAGGUGAAAAAGGCGACAGAGGUUCGAUUGGAGAGAGUGGCCAGCCUGGCAUUCCGGGUCCAAUAGGUCCUCCAGGUCUUAAAGGUGAUCGGGGGGCAACUGGCUUUCCUGGCACAAGGGGACUCCCAGGAUUUACAGGAAAGGCGGGGAGGACAGGAAAUCCUGGACAAAAAGGCCAAAAGGGAGAAAAAGGAAGUGGAAGCACAUACAGACCAGUACAACUUCCUGAUCAUAUUAGGGGAAGACCCUUUUAAGAUCAGGUGGGUUGGGCAGGACACUCUCUGAUUCCAUCUAAUUAAAAGGCCUUUCACCUCUGGACAAGUCAUCAACACAACUGACUUCCAAGAUUCCUUUUGUGACUCCUCCAAAUGACCCUGGUUCCUGUGUCAAGCCUGGCUUCUACUGGCUUCUUCUCCUGAUCCUUGGUGCUGAUUGGGUCUCCACACUGCCACAUUCAUACAUUCUCCACUCUCCUACCAUCACCCCUAUCCCCUUUGCACCCCUUGCCUGACUCUCCCAUGCAGUGACUGGUGGGGUGCCCAGGCCCAUCCUCAGGUACCAGACCAGCAGCCCUCUGCUGUUCACUCUCUUAGUCAUGCUAAUCCCUCUUUAAUUCAUCAGAUCCUAAGGAGAAUUGAUCAUAUGAGAACUGAUUAUAUGUGGUUCUUUAAGUUAAAAACAUUAUUCUCAACCAAGGUUAGGGAUGGCAUAGAAGAAAAUCUAUUCAUUCAUUCAUUCAUUCACUUAACAUAUGUUCACUGUAUUCAUCCAGAAACAGGAUGUAACAACUAGUGAGAUAGACAUUGUCUCUGGCCUUGCAGAGAUAAUUGUGCCUGAGAGAUUCAGACAAGCCGGCAAUUAUAACAUACUAGAGCUCUAUGGGGAAAGAACAGGACUUUAUAAGUGUUCCGAGGAGAUAAAGAUUCCCUAGAAUAUUUAAAAAAAAUAAAUUGAUUUAGUUUUCUUAGUUUACCUUCCUUUCUGAUCUCCAGCUUAUAGCAUAUUACUUUUCAAGUUUUUAAAAAGUAAGGUAAUGUGGAGCUUUGGAUAAUUUAUUCAACACAUUUGAACCAAAAUGCGUUUCCUUAAAUUACCUAUUUCAAACAAAAACAUCUUACGCAAUGAUAAAACAAUGCUGAAAAAAAAAAUUAUUACAACAAAUAUCUCUGUAUUUUAAGCUUUAAGUAUAGAUUCUGGAGAAAGAUAAAUAUUUUAGUAGAAGUAGAGUUAUUUUGUGUAAGUGAAGAAGAGGAAGAAAUUGAAGAAGUAGGAAAGGCAGACAAAAAAGUAUUGGAAAAAUGUGGGAUGAUCCCAUGUUAUUUUUUAGUGCCUCUGUACUGAGAAAUGUGUGACCACAUUUUCACACUCUCCUUUUCUUCGAGUUUUAACACACAGCCCCAAGGUUUACACCAUUAAGGUUCUUGUAGAAUUCCAUGUAGUAUGUCUAUGUGUCUCUCUUCAUUUCCUUUCCCUGCCCUUGUUAAACGGUCAUGUUAACACCUACCUCACAGGGUUGUUGUGAGGACCAUAUGAGAUAUCCUGUGUGUGAAGAUGCUCUGUAAUAUCAUAAAGUGCUUUAAAAUCAUAA